AUGGAUACAUCAAGUGGGUCAGAUUCGUACGACAAGGUGCGGGGAAACAGGCCGCAGGGACGUGAAGCCCACCGCAGACCUGCACGGGAAAGAGGACGAGCCAGUGGGCGAGCAGGUGAUGGCCGAGCUGACAUCUCUGACAAGAUCACCACAUUGUGCACCACUUUGCAGGACACCAAUCGGAACUUGACCAAGGUGGACCAGAUGCUGGGCCAGUACAGGGAGCAUACCGAUGAUCAGGCUGAGGCCAUGGCUUUGCUUCGGGAUAACCUGGAGGAGUCCAUCAGUCAGCUGCAGGCACAGAGGGUGAGCAGGACCAAUGGUGCUCACAGCAGUGCUUCUGCCUCCAGCCUGCAUUCCAGUGACCUGGACGGUUGCCCUGGAUCAGAUGGACGGCAUGUCAAACCAACGUCUCCACUAAAAGACUACACAAGAAUACCUGGGAGGAGGAGGUCUCACUCUGCAAGCGUUCGCUUCAAGAAUAGCAGCUUGUCGGGAGAGGAUAUUCAUGCACUGCACCAGUCCUUGAGGGACCUGCGCUGUGACCAACAAAGACUUUCAGUGGACCUAGAUCGAGAAAUUGUCAGGAGAAAUAGGGCUGAUGUAGACACUAGGCUUGCAAUAGAGAGCCUUUCUGAUCAUUUGGCACCUGCACAGCGACGGGACUCUAGUUUCGAGAAACACACAGUCGGUGUCAGCGAAAGAGAGGACAACAUGACGUCCAAAUUGCUGAAUUCAGAAAAGGAGCGAUGCAAGAUGGAGCAUGAGCUGGAGAGGGUUCAAAGACUACUAGAUCAGUCAGAGGACAGCAGAGAGUCGUUGGUUCUACAGGUUUGUAUUUAUUUUAUUUGAACUAGUCCACACUUCAAACUCCACUGGAGGAAACGCCCAACGGUUGAAAAUAUGCGGGGUGAGUUACUGAGAACCAGGAAGGAGAAGACUGAGCUACAGAGGGCCUGGCUGCAGCCUAGUCAGCCCAUUCACAGCAACUAUCAAGGAAGGGAGGAAGAACGAUUACGAGACAUGGAAAGAGAGGUAGCAGAAUUACGAGCUCAACUGCACAAGGUAUCUGCCAACAAUGAGGUUGAGGAGCUGAAGAAGACUUUGGAACGCAAGGAGAGAGAGCGGCUUCAGCUUAAUAUCCAGUUGGAGGGCUUGUCUGCAGAGUUGGCUCGGCGGGAGCAACAGCAAGUGCAAAUGCGUGAAAAACUUUGUGAGAUACAGAGCCGAGGGCAGACAGAAAAGACUGAGACUGAGGUAUUACUCCAGGAGAGUACAAGGAGCAGAGAAGAAUUGAGGGCUAAGGCUCAAAAGGCUGUGCGUCAGUGGAGGGCAAAGUGCAGUCGACUGCAGAAGGAGCUAGAGGAUGCCCGGUCCUAUGUUCAGCUGCAAACUGAAAGGGCAGCACAGGUAGCCAAAGAGAAGGAGGGUUCCCACUCCCAGCUGAAGGCGCUGAGCCAGCAGGCUGAGGCUGCCCGUAGAGAGCUGGCUGAAAACCUACAACGUUUGGCCCUGCGUGAAGAGGAGCUACACCGCAAGGACGUCUCGCUUUCUGAGAGCUGCCAGCGCCAACUGGCUCUAGAACAGGAAAUCCGGGAGGUGAAGGAGUCCUCUGGUGCCCUUCAGAUGGAAGUUCAGCGUCACAUGGACAAACUGGCAAGACUGACUGAAGACAAUCAGAGGCUUGUUGAACAAGCUGAUACACAAGCUCUUCUCAGUCAGAAAGACCAGAAAAAGCAGGCGGAACUACAGGUGUCACUGAAUCAAAUGACAUCAGCUCAUGCCCAGCUAGCACACCGCUUGACAGUGGCGGAAGCUUCCAAGAAAGAGCUUCAGAAGGUCACGGUGGAAUUACAGGCCAAGCUGGCUGUGCUUCAGCAAGAACCAGAUACAUUGAGGCAACAGCUUCAGCUGGAGAGGGAGGUUCAUCAGAAGGAGUUGGACAACCUGAAGGCCACAAUUGAAGAAGGCAGAAUGAAAAACAAGGAACUAUACGAGAUGCUAGGACUCUGCCGUCAGCAGCGUGAUGAAAUCCAGUCUCAUUUAAAUGAUGUUAAAGCAGGUGCAGUGUCGGACAAGAAGUUGUGUGAAGCACUGCGCGUCAAGUUGGACAGGAUGAAGGAUGAGUGUGAUAAGCUCUCUGCACACCUGAGCUCCAAAGAGGAUGCACAUGCACUCCUCUACAGAAAAUACCAACUACUUAAACUGGAACUGGAUGAAAUCAGGUCUGAUGAAAGGGGGCAUGCAACUGUAUCGGAGCUUGUCAAACUGGAAGAGAAAAUGUCACAGAUGGAAACAAAACAUGGGGUACUGCUUUCCACCAUCAGUGAUGAACUAGAUGUUGCUCUCCAAGACCUACCAAGGAAUGGUGACAACAACUACCAGGCAACUAAGAACGCUACUUUAGAAAAAGAUCCCUCCCUUUGGCUAGAAGAAACAAAGUCAAAGAUACGUUGGCUGCGUGAGGAGGUGCGGGAUCAUGAUACAAAAGAACACCGCCUAAGGAGGCAGCACAAGUACACCAGGGAUGAGCUAAAAGCACUCAAGCAGAUUCGGAGCCCAGACAAGGAUGCUCUCUUGCAACGCUUGGAAGAACAAGAAAAGCUGUUACACUCCAUCAGCAAAGAAAAAAAAGAGCUGUUGGAAGGGAAUCGCAAGAAGGAUGAAGAAAUGAGGAGCCUUCAGGAUCGUGUUUUGGAUCUAGAGAUGAACUCAAAAGUAGCAAUGGACUACUUGAAGUCAAUUCCAGAGAAACAGUAUCUGACAGACAAUUUCAAGGACUUGGAGGAGUCACAACGGCAGAAGGAGGUGGUCGACCAGUGCUACGCCAAACAUAAAGAAAUCGUCUGGGACCUGCAGCACCAGCUUGAUGAGUCCAGACGCAAAAUUUAUGAGUGCAGAGAGGAAAAGUUGGAUGCCACUUCCAGGAGUCUGAGGCUAGCUGUGUUGGCUUCUUCCAUCAACAGCCCCAAUGCUUUCCUUGGUGGCUCCGGGAGCGCUGAUACAUUUUCUCCACACAAACGUCUGACCACCUUCAACUUGGACAGCUCUGCAAUGAACAUGACUGAAUUUCUCACUGAUCCUUUGCACCUCAACCACAAGUGA